UGGGUGCCAGUAACGAUGUGGGCUGCACUGCAUUCAGACUGCAGCAAAGAGAAAUUCAGUAUUCAUAACAAUAAAGGAAGAAGAGUUGUCAUAGCCUGCACCUGCAUUCUGAAGGCUACCUUCAAAUAUCAGGAUUACAUUAAGCACGAACUAGAACACGGAUACCAGGGAGCUGUCUUCUUUGAUCCGACUGCCUUUAACUGCUUUGCAUCUGCCUUGACUGGUGAGAUUAUUCAUUGUGAAGGCCAGAUCAUUCUCAGCACACUUUGUUCCCUCCUGAUGAAGACCAAGCAUUUCUGGUUGUUUUCUGCACCACUACUGCCUCUUGCCGCCCGCCUUUGCAUGGUGCCGCUCUCUACACUGCCCACUGUGAAUAACUUCGCCAUGCUUCUAACCGGACUUGAGGUGCUGGGCUUCUUGGCUUCUGGACUGGUGAGCUUUGGCUCGCUGCUAAAAUCAGCAAUCCAGGCAAUUACUCAGGUAUUAACGGACAUGUCCCGACUUCUGGCAGUGGUUGUGUCUCUCUGGAGCUAUUUGGCUGUGCCUGCUCUCUUCUUGGUGUUCUGGCUUGUAUUGUUUGCAUUUCAGCUUUAUCACCAAGUGACUUCUGACUGGAGCACGCUGACUUACCAGCGGCUUUUCUUCAACUUACUCAACAGAUUUGUCAGCAGCAGUGGGGAGGGUAAACCAAUGGGAAUGCUACGAUAUAAAAAGAUUGCAGCAUCAGUACUGGUACGAUAUAAAAAUAUUGUGGCAUCAGUACUGGUACGAUAUAAAAAGAUUGCGGCAUCAGUACUGGUACGAUAUAAAAAGAUUGCGGCAUCAGUACUGCUGGGUGUGACAGAAGGAGUAUCCUUACUGCUGCUGGCUUUACAAACAGGGCUGACUGAUAUGCAGCUGUUACAGAGAACCUUCCUUCUCAGCAUCAUCCUUUUCAUCGUGGUAGCAUCCACCCUGCAGUCCAUGAUUGAGAUCACAAACCCCAUCAUUCUGGCACUUGGAGCUUCACAGAGCGGGUCUUUCUGGAAGCAUGUCCGUGGGAUCAGCAUGUGCAUUUUUCUGCUUAUUUUCCCUUGUUUAAUGGCAUACACAAUUGCCAGACUUUUCCAUCUGGACUUUUGGCUGCUAAUACUACUCUCCAGCUGCAUGUUGACAUCCCUUCAGGUGAUGGGAACCAUCUUUAUCUACACCCUGUUUAUGCUGGAACCCCUGCGAGAUGAGCCCCUGGAUAAGAUGGAUGAAAUAAUUUAUUAUGUCAAUGCAGUCAGCCGAGUUCUUGAGUUCCUUGUUGCAGUCUGUGUAGUGGCCUAUGGCACCUGGGAGUCUAUUAUUGGUGAAUGGAGUUGGGUCGGUGCAUCAGUUAUUAUUAUCCACUCCUACUUCAAUGUUUGGUUGAGAGCCCAGUCAGGAUGGAAAAGUUUUCUGCUGCGUAGGGAUGCAGCCAACAAGAUCAGGUCACUCCCCACCGCUUCACAACACCAGCUUCGGGAACACAAUGAUGUGUGCGCCAUUUGUUUCCAGGAAAUGCACACCGCUGUAAUCACUCCAUGUGAGCACUUUUUCCAUUCUGGUUGUCUUCAGAAGUGGCUGUAUGUUCAGGAUACUUGUCCGAUGUGCCACCAACAGAUGAAGCCGCCUCAACAGGAAGCAUCAUAACAGCAUGUUUCAGGGGGCUCAGCAAGGCACAAACCACUCAAUGAAUAAAGGGAAGAAGCACAUCCAAGUCCAAAUUUGGACUGUAGUGUAGAAACCAAAGGAAAUCGAUGGCCAUCUGAAAACCAGACUUCGGCUUACAUUCCUUCAAGCAGUGACUUGUAUAUUGAAAAUGGUGACACUUUGAACCCAGGCUGGGAACUGGGUAUGUUGGAGUUGUGGAAGAGAAUUCACUAAGGUUGGUUGCUCAGAUGGUUGAGAUUUCUUCAUAUAACCUUGUGGCAAUGUCAUUUGUGCAUGAAGAUGAGGCCGUAUCACAAGCACAAGACAAAACUUUGACACCUAACUUUUGGUGUGAUUCGCACAGUAAAGGCCAAAAAAGACUGACAAAUUUCCGCGCAGGAAUUUGGUGAAGGAAGAUGUGAGGAUUACUCGUAUUUAGUAACCUUAAACAUUCAGCAGAUGUUAUUGUGGAAUGCUGGUAUUCCCCAGACAGACAUUUGAACUAUCAGUUACGGAAUCAACCGUGCUUCUGUUAAUAUCGCCUUUACCCAAAGAGUAAAACAUUAAAAUUAACACAAUU